AUGUGUGCAGUGUCAGUUUUCCACGGCAAAGACGGCAUGCUCACGCAGCUUCGAAUCAUGAACGAGCAGCUCCUCUCGAGAUGCAGCUGUACGGCUCGAGAUCUUCUCCAAGAUCAGAAAGGCGCAGAGAAAGCGGUCACGAUCUUUGGGGUUGGCUCUGCACCACUGAACUACGUUCUCGAAGAGAUCCAACGUCACGGCACCGACGUCUACAUCAAAACGCACAGAGAACCACUGGACCGAGCUGUUGCCAUUUUCCAGGCCGUGGAAGCGUUGGCAGUCGAUCCAGCUCAACCUCAAGUUGAGGGUUCCAUCGUCCAAUUCAUCGCACACAACAAGCUGGAACCAAGGUGGAUGGUCGCUGUACAUCUGGCAUUCGAAAGCCGCAUCGACAGCAGCAAGGCCUGGACGACGAUGGUACAUCAACUGGCCUGGGACCUCAACAACGGAAACUACGAGGCAGAAGAAGCCGCCGCUCCCCAGAAAGCCGCCAGCGCCCAUCCUUCUUUGCAUCAAGCAAUCGAUGAGAAGAUCGAGAACCUCGAGAACCGCCGCUCCAACUACGACGAAGCCAGCACGAAGUUUGCCGCUCGCAAAGAACGCAUAGCGGAGAAGCAGAGUCGCACGAGGGUUCGUGACAUCCACCAGCGUGUCCACGAUCACAACAAUCAGCUUCGGUACGAGGAGACGCAUGGAAUGAGGGAGGCAUCGGAGGCAACGGUGGAAUGGGCGCUGACAAGCAAGCCUGGGUCGUACUACAUCGGACGGCCGAAGAAGGAGUUGAAGAAGCAGAAGCGGCAGGCCGGGAAGAAGGUGGACGAGGGAGAAAGCGGGAUGUAA